UUGCAAGUACAGAAGUAAAAUAGCUGAAGUCCCCACGUGAUGUCUACUCGAGGCACCCCCUUCACCCGAGCCUUCCCUUCCUAUUCUCUGUAAACUGGUUCAAACCCUAGGAUGCGCCGCCUGUGACUCAUCAUUUGCAAUUGCAGACUAUCUUCCUGAAUUAUCAACCAUGCCUACUAUCAGCGUGGGAAGGGAUCGACUGUUCGCAGCCCUCGGAAGAACUUACAGUGAGAUUGAUGAUUUUUUUAUAUGUAUUUCCCUACAUUUUCCUCUUUUCGAAGAAAAUUUGAUGAAAUGGUUUUGUUUUUUGUUUUGGAAUAUCACAGCGCAGGAAGAGUUCGAAGACCUUUGCUUCAGGUUCGGUAUCGAGCUCGACGACGUCACUACUGAGAAAGCGAUUAUUAGAAAGGAAAAGCAUUUGGAAGAGGAGGAAACCGCCGAAGAUGAAGAAGUUAUCUACAAGAUUGAGAUCCCUGCCAAUAGAUAUGAUUUGCUUUGCUUGGAAGGAAUUGCUCAGGCUCUUCGAAUCUUCAAUGGCCAGCAGGAGAUGCCGAAAUAUAAUGUGGCUAACAUUAGUAGAGAAUCAAUGAUUAAAAUGCACGUGAAACCAGAGACAGCUUCAAUUCGUCCCUAUGUUGUUUGUGCUAUUUUAAGAGGUAUAACAUUUGAUGAAGGAAGUUAUAACAGCUUUAUUGAUCUCCAAGAAAAGCUCCAUCAAAACAUUUGCCGCCGAAGAACCCUAGUUGCCAUUGGAACUCACGACUUGGAUACAUUACAUGGCCCUUUCACAUAUGAGGCUUUGCCUCCUUCAAGUAUAAAUUUUGUGCCACUGAAGCAGGUGAAGAAUUUCAGAGCUGAUGAGCUGAUGGAGUUUUACAAAACAGAUUUGAAACUGAAGAAAUUUUUGCACAUAAUUGAGAGCUCACCAGUGUUCCCUGUUAUAUAUGACAGUAACAGAACUGUUGUAUCUUUGCCCCCAAUUAUCAAUAGUGCUCAUUCAGCUAUCACUCUAAAAACGAAGAAUGUGUUCAUUGAAUGUACUGCCACUGAUCUGACGAAAGCCAAGAUUGUUUUGAACACAAUGGUGACAACCUUUUCAGAACAUUGUGAAAGGAAGUUUGAAAUUGAGCCAGUUGAAGUGAUAUACUCAGAUGGGAAGUCAUAUAUUUGUCCUGAUUUGUCUGUCUACAGCAUGGAAGUCUCUCUGUCCUAUAUUACUGGUGCAAUUGGAGUCCCCUUGGAUGCUGACAAGGUCACUAGUUUGUUAAAUCGGAUGCAAUUGAGUGCUGUGCAGUCUGUAUCAGGUGAUAAUAGCUCUGGUAUUACUGUAUCUGUACCCCCAACUAGAAGUGAUGUUCUUCAUCCAUGUGAUGUUAUGGAGGAUGUUGCAAUUGCUUAUGGCUACAAUAAUAUUAAGGAUAUUGCGAUUGCUAAGGGUUACAAUAUUUCAAAGGGUAGGGCUGUGUCUUUGAGGCCACUGCCCCUGGAAGAGUUCAGUCAUCUUGUCAGAUUGGAGAUGGCAAUGUGUGGGUUUACCGAGGUCUUAUCAUUUAUUUUGUGCUCAAACAAUGAUAAUUUUGCAAUGUUAAAUCAUGAAGAUGACGGUUCCACUGCAGUGAUUAUUGAAAAUCCUCGUUCAUCUGAAAAUGAGACUGCUCGUACCAGUCUUAUGUCUGGUCUAUUGAAAACUGUUGGACAGAACAAAGCCCAUCCAAAGCCCAUAAAGAUUUUUGAAGUUGGUGACGUAGUGCGGUUGGAUGAGACUAAAGAUGUAGGGGCAACAAAUCGUCGCCAACUUGCUGCACUAUAUUGUGGUGCUACUGCUGGAUAUGAGAUAAUUCAUGGUCUGGUGGAAAGAAUCAUGCAAGUGAUUGGGCUUGUUCCACCUGAUGACAAUACAACCUACUAUCUAAAGCCUUCUAAUGAGCCUGAGUUCCUUCACGGUACACAAGCUAGCAUCAUUUAUAAAGGGAAGCAAAUUGGAACUUCUGGAAUAGUGCACCCUGAGGUCUUGAACAAGUGUGACAUCCCUGAUCCUUGCUCCUAUUUUGAACUCAACAUCCAGUGCUUUUUGUAGGAUUUAUUUUGUAACAGCAGAGGAACAUUGGCUUUACUUCGAUUACUCUAUCGUUUAGUGGCUCUAGUGCCAUAAAUUACCAUAUCAAGGGCUUCCAUUUGCAAAAUCCUCUGGUUCUCUCCAUUUUGGAACCAUGUAUGAUGAUGGGAAUGGAGGAAUAUCAUUUCAGUUGCCCAGUAUUGGGGGAGCUUUAUAUAAGGUGUGAUUUAAUAUAGUGUCCGUCUUCGGAACAUUAGAUGUGUAUUGUUGUUGCCUAACUUUUAUGAUCGACGAGGAAAAGAUUUUGUAUACCGCUUUACAUUCUACCGAAGCUUCUGUUUUGCAGAUUCCAGUUUGAUGUCAUGAUCCCCUUGCCUUCAGAUAUAUCUAAGCUUCGAAGGGGCUUUAGGGUGGAUAAUCAAAAGAUAACUUUUUUAUUUGUCAUUCUGCAAUAAGUUCAUACUUUCAUAUAUCUAAGCCUCUGAAAAAUGUCAGCUUGAGAAUGUCAUCCAAUCCAGACUAACAUUGUUGAGCAUAAUUUGGGAAAUAGAAACUCUACUUUGCCCCUUGUACUGUACCGCUUAAUAUUAUUGAUUUUUUUUUU